UCAAAAGCACAAAAGGCGUCUCCAGGCAUUCACAUCAUCACGUUUUUCGCAAAGAUUGAUUCAAACAAAAGCUCCUCGUAGAUCAUGGCGUUCCAGCUCAAAUUCUCUCAUAGUAUAGCUUGUAGGAGCUUCGCCCGAGGUUUUGUGGAGGUGGAUCCGGGAGCGACGCGAUGGCGCUAGAGGUCUGACGCAGGUCUAAGGGGGUUUACAGGGUUUUAGCAGCGAUGGAGUGGACGGCGAGGCAGUAUCUGGAGGUCCAGGGAGCCGAGGGCGAUGGGGCUCGGCCACAGUGUGGAGCAUUUCAUCACUCUCAGGCGCUCUUCGCGGCUGCGGUCGGGCAACACAUCACUGAGUUUGAUGCUCUCACGGGCUGUAAGCUCUCAAUAUUGGAGCUUUGGCAUAUAGUACUGCUGGCGGGCAUGUAAUUGUCACAGUUCUAGGGGUAUGAUACAGCUCUCGGCAUAGACCUUUUUCCUCCCAGGAUCAUUAAGUCGUGGGAUCGAUACCGAGCACACGACCAAGAAAACAGACAGGAUCUCAGAAGAGAUGGAGAUACACAUUGCUCUGACACCACUUCGACCGUGGCUGUUGUUUGGAACGUAUCGGCGUUCAAGUGUAAAUGUUGUGGGGACAAUAGAAGGUGCCAAACCAGCGACCAUUAUUAAGACGGAUCUGGAAAAGCCAGUCACUGGCCUUGCUUGCCAUCCAAGAAGUCCUCUUCUGUUCGUUGCGUCUGCCGAAAGGCUUAUUCGGGCAUAUCACAUACAGUCUCUCUCCGUGCAGUAUAUUUUGCAGAUUGAUAUGUCAAUGAAACUAGUUGGAGCAGGAGCGAUUGCGUUUCAUCCGACAUUAGAAUGGGGUUUUUGUUGGCAACAGAAGCGGCACACUAAUAGCAUGGGACGUCUAAGUCCCAACACAACCAGUAUGAUUGGGAUCACUCAAGCGGGUUCAAAUCCAAUUUCAGCUCUUGCCUGGCAUUCUAUGUUGCGGUUACUUGUGACUCUUUCAAAGGAUGACAUGGUGCAGGUGUGGAGGACGAGGGUCAUUCUAAGUUCGAAUAAGCAUCCCAUGCGUGCGAACAUCUUUCAGUCUGCAGGCAUUCAAAGUUUGUAUGUUGCUAUGGUUCUGGCUCAAUGUAGCGGUGACACUAUAUAUCCUUUCUCGAAGUUCACUGAUUUUCUCUUACAUCUGAUGCUGAAUAUGGCAACAGUAUAUAAUGGAUUCCUUACGUCAAGCUAAACCUUGUCCUUAUAGAGCAACAGUAGGAAAGAGAAGCGAGAAGAAGGGCAUCAGCUGUGUCGAGAGAAGCUAUUCUCUGUGCUACAAACUGUGAGGGGCUCUCAAGGUUGGUUUUAGCAUUUGUAAGCAUGACCUUGAGCUAAGAUUUAAGAUCUGUUUUUGAAGGAAAAACGUGCACUUUUGGGCUCGGCUGGCAUUCUUCCCGAUUAUCAGCUGCAGAUGCAAUUGAUCAGAUACAGUAAUCACGUCCUCAACAGCAUGACAAUGUCCGACUUUGUGCUGCAGAUCGCAUUGUCGGACAGUUACUUGAAUUGUAAAAAUGUGGCUACCCCGAGUAGCCUUGGAACAGAACCAAAUGAUAAUUGAAUA